AUGGGGGCAAUAAAGCAUAAAAUUUUUAUGGUAUUAAAAAUUGUCAAUAUUAUAUUGAGCACCCAAAUACCAUUGAAUAACAAUGAAAUAAAUAAUUUUCGAAAAAUAAUAAUCCCAUCACCUUUCAAGUACCCAACCAGAAUGCUAUGCUGCGCAUCAUUUAGGGAAAAAAUUAACAAAUUUUGUAAAACAGCAUUUUUCUGCUACAAAAAUCAGAAUUAUGACAACACUCAGAAUGAUGACAAAAGUAUGGAUUAUAUCGAACUUCAGAAUUAUGACAACACUCAGAAUGAUGACAAAAGUAUGGAUUAUAUCGAACUUCAGAAUUAUGACAACACUCAGAAUGAUGACAAAAGUAUGGAUUAUAUCGAACUUCAGAAUUAUGACAACACUCAGAAUGAUGACAAAAAUACGGAUUAUAUCGAACUUCAGAAUUAUGACAACACUCAGAAUGAUGACAAAAAUACGGAUUAUAUCGAACUUCAGAAUUAUGACAACACUCAGAAUGAUGACAAAAGUAUGGAUUAUAUCGAACUUCAGAAUUAUGACAACACUCAGAAUGAUGACAAAAAUAUGGAUUAUAGCAGACUUCUGGAUUAUAAAGAAAAUCGGGACUAUGAUGGUUGGGAUGGUAUAUGUAAAAAUAAACUAUAUCAUAUUGGCAAUGCGGCAAAGCGUGUUGAUAUAACAUUGAUGAAUCCAUCUGAAAUUAAAAAAUCUUUUCUUCCAUUUAGAAUUGAUGAUGAAGACAUUGAAAGUUACGAAGUAAAUGAACUAAUACAUAAGAUUAAAUCUGGGGAAAUCAUUAUAACCCCCAAAAUAGCGAGUUUGAUAUUUUAUGACUUCCAUAUGAAUAUAUAUAAAGAUAUACAAAUUCUUUAUAAAAGAGCACAACAAAGGUUAAAUUCCUUAGCAAUAAAAUAUAAGUUUUCAUCUGAAAAACAUGCAUUGUAUAAAAUUACACUUAAAAAGUUGAUAUUUCGAAAAAGCACAAAUAUAAUGUAUCGAUCUUUACUUAUUUAUGAGGAGUAUGCUGUAUCUUAUAUAAACGAAUUAAAACUAACAUUUCAUAUUUUCUUAAAACAAUACUGUGAAACAAUAUGUAGCAUUUUUAAAAAAAUCGAAUUAGCAUUUUUUUGUGGUUUCAGCAAAUUGAUAGUUACUGUCCGUCGAGAUCAAAUAAGACUAAUAAAAGAAGAUGAAGAUGAGCUUUUUUUUUUUACUUAA